CUCUGUGCGUUCGUGUGUGUGUGUGUGUGUGUGUGUGUGUGUGUGUGAUGAGAGCGUGACCUCACUGCAUUUUGCACAGCUGCGCGAGGGAGCAAGACAGAAAAUAGAGAGAGGGGCUGCCUGAUUGCUUGCACGGGCUCCGUUGGGGGAAAAGCACAGCAGACCGUGCUUAGAAACAGCCGAUAUGUAUUCUUCAGUUUCUGGUGCAUUACAAGCGCAACCAGAAACCAACACCCACUCGGUUAACGUCAAUAAUAACCGGUAAGAAAUAUUCCCAGUGUGAGAUGGACGAAUCGUCUCUGUUAGAUUUGCUGGAGUGUUCAGUGUGUUUGGAGCGGCUGGACACUACAGCUAAAGUCCUGCCUUGCCAACACACCUUCUGUCGCCGCUGCUUGGAGAACAUAGUCAGCUCCAGGAACGAACUGAGAUGCCCAGAAUGUCGCAUUCUAGUCGGCUGUGAAGUAGACGACCUUCCCGCGAAUAUCUUGCUGGUCCGCCUGUUGGACGGGAUCAAACAGCGGCCACGGAAUGGAGGCAGUACCAGGCAGUCCCUGGUGGGGGGCGGGGGGUCGCUGGUCUGUGCAGCCGGGAUCAGCGCUUCUCCCCCGGGCAGUGGGAUCAGGGACUUGCCGGUGGCCACAAGAAGCUCUCCAGUCAAGAGUGUCCCAGCCUUGCCCUGUGGGAAGGCUCUUUACUCCUAUGAGGGGAAGGAACCCGGAGACCUGCAGUUCACUAAAGGUGACAUCAUCAUCCUGCGACGCAAAGUCGACGACAACUGGUACCAUGGAGAGCUGAAUGGUUGUCAUGGUUUCCUGCCAGCUAGUUACAUCACGUUGUUGCGGCCCCUGAGCCAAACACCGCCCACAGGAAAGGCCCUGUAUGACUUUGAAGUUAAAGACAAAGACCAGGACAAAGACUGUCUGGCAUUCUCGAAGGAUGAGGUUCUGACGGUGAUUAGACGAGUGGAUGAAAACUGGGCAGAGGGCAUGCUGGGCGAUAAGAUCGGGAUCUUCCCCAUCCUUUAUGUAGAGCUGAAUGAAACCGCCAAACAGUUGAUGGAAAUUGACAAGCCCAUAUCCAAUCCAGUCCCUGGCCCAAGUUCUGACCCAUCUCCCAGCCUCCCAUUGGGUCCCUGCUCCCCUGGCCCUUCCCCUAACCCAUCCUCUCCAGGAAGUAGAAAUGGCGCCCUCCAGAGGCAAGCGGAGGAGAGGGGAGAGGAGAGGAGGGGAGGGGAGGGGAAGAAGAACGCCAAAAAGCGCCACUCGUUCACAGCCCUGAGCGUAACCCAGCGGGCAGCCCAGCUCAACAACAGACACAGCAUGGAGAUCUCCCACCCCGUCCUCAUCAGCUCCUCUGACCCCAGGGCCGCAGCACGCAUCCAGGAACCUCCCCCUGCUCCCUCUCCCUCCUCUCUAGGGGUUCUAGUUCCUUCCAGAGUGGCUUCGGUCACCUCAGAACUGCUUGCUCAGGCCAAGGUCCAACUCCCACUCAACAUCUACCUGGCCUUGUAUGCAUAUAAGCCUCAGAAAGCAGAUGAGUUGGAACUGAGGAAAGGAGAGAUGUAUCGUGUCACGGAGAAGUGCCAGGACGGCUGGUUUAAAGGAACCUCACUUCGCACCGCUGCUUCUGGGGUCUUCCCUGGAAACUACGUCACACCCGUGUCCAGAGCUCCAUUUGCUGUCGGUGGUUCUCGGAGCUCCUGUCUCUCGGGGCAGGUGGGUGGAGCGGCACAGGGGAGUAAGGCAGCCUCCCCCUCCUCCCCUGGCCCCUCAUCCUCUCGUCCCUCCCCUCCCCCCUCCUCCCCCCAGUCUGCUGCAGCUCAGCUGAAGAACUGUCUUCGCUCCGGACAACAAACACAUAACCAGGCCCGCUCUCCCAUGCAACUGAUCCACAGCCCGCCCUCCAGCAGUCCAGAGCGUCCCACAGCUGCCGUCCGACCUCAGAACUCCUCCCCGCCGCGCUCCGCUGGCCAGUCGGCACGCCCUAUGUCCAUGGUGUCCCCCGGCCCCUCUCCCCUUUCCUCCCCAGCCUCUCGCCCCCUCUCUUGCCUCUCCUCCCCUCUACUCCCCCUUUCCUCCCCGCUGUCCUGCCUCACCCCUCCCAACACCAGUGCAGCCCUACUGAAUGGUGAAUCAACCAAUCCCUUCCAGCCACCUUCGCCUGGCCCCUCCCACAGCAACUCCCAUGGGGCAGUCGCCCCAAAACCAGAAAAGAAAGAGAAGAAAGGAGGUCUGCUAAAACUUCUUUCUGGGGCAGCAGCCAAGAAGAAAUCAUCCCGUUCUCCCCCGUCCUCCCCCCCAAAUCUCCCCCUGUCGGGUGCCGUCCUCCCACAUCACACCCGAUCUGGGUCCUGUCCAAUGGAGGCUCAGGGGCGUGCCGGGUCUUGUCCAAUCGAGAGCGAGAUGGCUGGGGCCAUGGGUUUGGAGCCGCUGCACAGGAAAUCGGGAUCUCUCGACCUUAACUUCCCUCGUUCGCCGCCAACGACUCGCUCUGGAAACGCACUGCUGGCUCUCCGGCCAGAACCCAAACCAUUGUCCAGAGAAAGGUAUCGUGCACUGGUGCCCUACCCCCCUCAGAGUGAAGCGGAGAUUGAGUUGAGAGAGGGAGACGUGGUGUUUGUUCAUAAGAAGAGAGAAGAUGGCUGGUACAAAGGAACUCUUCAGAGAACUGGACGCACUGGCCUCUUCCCAGGCAGCUUUGUGGAGAUCUUCUGAACCGGACCGCCACACAAACACACACACACACAUCCAUACACACACAGUAGCGGGUCCUUUUUCCACAUAGGCACUCCCUGGACACCUAUGUGAGGGGUCCUUCAUCAAACUCAUCAAUGACAUUUGAUGUUUACAUCAUCAGGAGGUGCCAGCAGCUACUGACGGCACAUCCAGCGCUGCACAGUAUUUUUCUACAGCUUCAGUGUGUAUUAGCUCUAAACUUGUCCAUGUGAAUUUGUGGUAUGGCUGUACUGGUUACAGAAGCACCCACACACAGUCCAUGGCUUCUGAUACCGUUUCCUACUGGUCAGUAUGUAUGUUUAAGUGUAUCUGUGUGCGUGUGAGUGAGAUAGACCAGUAGUGUUUAAUACCAGCCAUGUUGCAGCUGAGGCACUGUGACAGAAAGCACACCAACAGUCCAUCGCGGUCUUAAACAUACACCACGUCUGACAAGCUACUUCAAGACUUUUCAUUGGCUUAACACACAAAAGCGCUCUGCUCUUAUUGGCUAAGCACACAACAAUGGUCCUUUCUCAUUGGCUAAGCACACAACAAAAGUAAACCAAGAGAAGGUGAUUAGGAAAAGUAAAGCACAGAAGCCUACAGGGUAGGACCACACAAUGAAGCACACAGUCAGAACAAGUUAGAAGCACACAGUCAGAACAAGUUAGGACCACACAAUGAAGCACACAGUCAGAACAAGUUAGGACCACACAAUGAAGCACACAGUCAGAACAAGUUAGGACCACACAAUGAAGCACACAGUCAGAACAAGUUAGGACCACACAAUGAAGCACACAGUCAGAACAAGUUAGGACCACACAAUGAAGCACACAGUCAGAACAGGUUAUGACCACAUAGUGAAGCACACAGUCAGAACAGGUUAUGACCACAUAGUGAAGCACACAGUCAGAACAGGUUAUGACCACAUAGUGAAGAAGUAGGUCAGAACAGGUCAGUACUACAUUGUGAAGGACACAGCCAGAAAAAGGUUGUCUAAAGCAAAUCACAAAUGGGAUCAGGCUAGAUCUAUACAGCCGACAGCAGUGUGUGUGCGUGUGUGUGUGUGUGUGUGCACGCGUGUGUGUGUGUGCUUGCGCGUGUGUGUGUGCGCGCGCAUGCGUGUGUGCAUGCGUAUGUGUGUAUUGGGUGUGUGAUACCAUCUGGCUCUGAUUGGAGGAGCAGCAUCAGGGGAGUCAGGGUAAUCCCUGAGUUGGGUGACAGACAGAUGACUACCCAGAGAUACAGAUUAGAUAACAAACUUUUAAUCCAACCCUGACACACACACACACAGUGAUGAUGGGAAAGGACUGGAUCCCCCGACUGAGUGAAUCAGUAAAAUGUGUUGAUGUUAAUGUGGACAGAUUCUUCGGCCUGUUCCCAAAACAACCCUUGGCCCCCGAAGAACCAGGAGUGGUCCUGUCUCAGUUCCUCUUAAACCCAUAGGGACCGCAUGUCUGUCUGUUUCUAUCGUCGGUCUGUUUCUGCCGUCUGUCUGUUUCUGCUGUCUGUCUGCUGAGCUGAAGCACAAAUCCGCCAUGAUGGAGCACAGCACGUCGACGCUGCCAGGGAGGAAGAGGCCAAGUAAACGGAACGUAAAUCCCCAAAUCUGUCUGAGCCAGAUAAGCAGACCGGGUGGAGAUUUCUGUACGAUCUGUCAGAGUGGGUCAAAUUCCUUGAGGCGUUUUUGAUCAAAUUGGAGUUUCGUAAUGUUUCAGUUGUUGAGUAUACUGCUGGAAGUGGCCAUAUCAGCCCUCCCAUUGGCUAAAAUGGUCCCACCUGAUCACAUCUCCUGCCGUUCAUCUCCAAGGGCAUGUAUUUCAAUUAUUUGAGUUUACAAUUUUUUUUUGUCAGUAUGCAGUGUAAGACCCCACACUGUGGACAUGUUGCUUCUCCCCAGUGGUGCCAUGAAUCAUCGGGUGAGUUUAUUUAGCACGGCACGAUGAAGCAGCCGGAGUCUGUACGUUUUUGUUCUGUUGGCCCUUAAGUGAAAUCUUCAGCCACACCCAUGCACAUACAAAAGUCAACUCGCCCAAUUAGUUCCGGUGAACUGCCUGUUGGGUUUUCCUGAACAAAACACCACAUACUGUCUGAUGUGAGUGCUGUCCCACUGGCAAGGUUUUAAAGAAUUUGCAAGGUGUUUGUUGAGCAUGGAACAUCAUGCUGUCUGACUGUGAGUGAAGUUUUACAUUACUGCAACAGAAAAGAAAGGAUAUAUAUAAAUAUAUAUUGUGCAAAUUAUUUAUAUUUCAUGGGUGCCAGAGUCUCCCGGAGCUGGUGACCAGCGUUCUAUCAUGUGAUCAUGUGAUCAUUAAACAUUGUCUCGUAUUGAUGACCUUGUGGUUUGGUUGGUUUUUCAUUUCAGGUGCAUUUUCGCAAUAAAUGCCAUUGUUUUAAAACAA